CGGGUGUUGAAGCGCGAGAUAUAGAACAGCUGCAGCUGGAAGACGGGAAGAGAUUUACAAGGCAUUAGUAAAAACUGAAAAUGUCACGAAAAAACAGCAAAAAAGUAAAUAUAUCCAGCUCUCUUGAGUCUGAAGAUCCAAGCCUUGAAACUACAGCACCAACAGAUGAUCUUUCCUCCUCUGAAGAACGAAAUGCAUCUGCAAAAAUAACCAGACAGGCCCUUGAAAGAAAACAGCUUCUACACAAUCUCCAGGUUCUGAAAAUAGAGUUAUCUCAGAAAAAUCUAUUGAUUGAAAACAUAAAGAGAGAUAACUUAACACAAAUUGACGAGCUUGAAGAAAAGUUAAAUGAUGCUCUCCAUCAGAAACAUAUUGUGGAAUUAAGACUUGACACGCAAGCCAAGUUACAGGAGGAGGACGCCAGGAAACAUCAAGAACUUAAGAAGAAGGAGAUAGAGGCCAUGACCCUUAGAAUGAAGCAGUCAGAAGAAUUAAAUAGACAGUUAAGAGAACGUGCAGGGGAUAUUCGCCGUAGCCUGCGUGACCUGGAAUUAACAGAAGAUAAAUAUGAAGAUUUGAUCUCUGUUCCUGAGGAUCAACUGUCAAUUUCUGAAUAUGUGUCUAUUCGAUUUUAUGAAGUCGUUCACCCAUUAAGAAAUAAAUUGAAUGAUCUUCAAAUAAAAAAUGUGAAUUUAGCCGAAGAUCUGAAUGGAUGUAAACACCAGCUAAAGACUUUAAUGGAGAGUUAUGAAAAUGAGAGGAAAUGCCGCACUGAAAUAGAGGUUAGAUGCCAGAGACUAACACUUCAGUUGGCUGACACAAAGCAGUUGAUUCACCAAGGUGACUAUAAGAUAGAAAAUUACGACAAAAUCAAAAGUGAAAGAGAUUUGCUUGAGCGCGAGCUGUCAGAAAUGAGGAAGAAUUUUGAAAUAUUGGAUGUUUCACACAAGGCCCAAACUAAAGAUCGUAACGAUUUAGCACAAGAGGUUACCACCCUGCAACAGUCGGUUUCUUUGCUGCAAAAGGAUAAAGAAUUCUUAAAUAGACAAAACAUGGAGCUAAAUGUCCGUUGUGCACAUGAAGAGGAUCGCUUGGAAAGGCUUCAGGCGCAGUUGGAAGAUGCCAAGAAAGCAAGGGAAGAAAUGUAUGAAAAAUAUGUGGCUUCUAGGGAUCAUUAUAAAACAGAGUAUGAGAACAAACUCCGGGAUGAACUAGAACAAAUAAAACUUAAGACAAACCAUGAAAUUGAGCAGCUUCGUGGAGCAUCGAAAGAGAUGUAUGAACGGGAAAACAGAAAUCUUAGAGAAGCAAGAGACAAUGCCGUUGCUGAAAAAGAGCGAGCAGUUUCAGCUGAGAGAGACGCAUUGUUAAAAUAUGAGCAGCUUUUGGAGCAGUACAGGCAAGUGCAACUAAGUACAGAGAGCAAAGUAUCGGAGCUGCUUCACCAAACAAAACUGAAGUCCUUUGAAGCUGAACGUGCUCAUAUGCUGCAGGAGGAAACCGCAGAGAACCUUCAGAAAUGCCAAUUAGAAUGUGACAAAUACCAGAAAAAACUUGAAGUUUUAACAAAGGAAUAUUACAGUCUCCAAGCGUCUACAGAAAAACGUAUUACUGAACUAGUAUCACAAAAUUCUGAGCACCGGACUCGGCUGGAGACGUAUGAAAAACUUGAACAAGAGCUUGAUGAUGUCAUAAUGCAAUCUGCAGAAAUGGAAAAUGAAAUUGAGGCUGAAAGAGUUUUGUUUUCAUAUGGAUACGGAGCCAAUGUCCCCACAACUGCUAAGCGCAGACUUAAACAAAGUGUACAUUUGGCUAGAAGACUCCUACAGCUUGAAAGACAAAACACAUCACUAAUGAAUGAUCUGGAACAUCAGAAAUCAAACUCAACAAAAAUUUCACUGGAGCUGGAGAAGGCCAACUCCUUGUUAAAUCAAGUUCAGCAGCCCUAUCAGUACCUCAUUGAGUCCAUACGUCAAAGAGACAGCCAGAUAGAUUCACUGAAGGACCAGAAUUCACAGCUUGAACAAGAUGUCAGCCAUUUAAAUAAAGAGAGAACCUCCCUCUUGCGUGCAAAAAAUCAAAUGGCAGCAGACCUUGAAAAACUUUUGACUCAUCGUGAGGAGCUUGCAGAAAUGAAGCAGGUUUUAAUUGGACUUCAUAAUAAGCAAAAACACUUACCUCCUACAAGUGAGCUUGGGAGGAAUUUUUCAGCAAAACCAAAAAGCAAAUCUUCUGAACUAGCCUUACAGUCUCAACAUGAAGAUAAUAUAAUCAUACCAAAGCCGACUGUGUUUACAAAAAAAGAAACACCAGAGUGGUACAACAGAUUGAAACAGAAACCUACAUGAAAGAAGAUACCCGAGCAAAUCAACUGCACUAAAACAAAUUUAUGUAUUUUUAUUAUUUAGCAUUAGUUUUAGCAUGGGUAAAACACGCUAGCACUACUCUCUGUGAAGAUGUAGCUAUCCCAGUACAUGUAUGUUUUUUUUUUUUUAAACAUGAAGGAAAAUGAUAUAUUUUUUCUCAAUAUUUUUUUUACAUGCAAGAGUUUUAUUAAUUAUUUUGCUAGUCUGGUUAUUAAAUUAUUAUUUUUACCAAGAGACACAUAUAAUUAAUAUGUGAAACUAAUUGUGUACAGUUUAGAAUACAGAGUUUAGUCAUUUAAAAGCACAUAGUGUACACUCCUGAUAUAUUUGUAAUUUCACUGUUUUCUUGCAAAUUCCUCUUCAUCAAUAAUAUAGCAAUAGGUGCAUUUGAACAAACACACACUGACAAGAAAAAAUAUACGCACCUGUGUUACAGUUUACCUCAAAAUGAUUUUGUGUUUCUUCAGUUUAUCGUUUAUUUUCACUUGUUAAUAAUCAUAAAAAAAACAGGGACAAUUCAUAUUCUGACAUACUUGAACAUACAAACAUUUCAUUUUAAAAAACUGUUUAUGCAUCUUGAAAAGUAAAAAUGUAUGCAUUGAAGCUUUGUUGAAAACAAAAUACAAAAUAGUUAUAACCUUA